CAAUUGAAGAUGGAAAGUUGGUCAGUUGAGCAAGUCUGCAACUGGUUGAAACAGAGAAAUUUAGGAGAGCUAGUUCCUAAGUUCCGUGAAGAAGAAAUAAGUGGAGCAGCUCUUCUGGCUCUUAAUGAUCGUAUGGUGCAGCAGCUGGUGAAGAAGAUUGGGCACCAGGCAGUGCUGAUGGACCUAAUUAAAAAAUACCGGCAACAGAAGAGUGGGCUGGAACCCCUUACAUACUGUUGUGAAACAGCUUCUCAAAAAUUUCCAGAAGUAAUCAGUGGAAAAAACCUGAAAUCAUUUUUUGCGAGACACAAGAUGUUGCAGUGGACGAGUUCUUAUGUUUUGCCAGACUUCCCUUAUGAUGUCAAGUGCAUAUUAGCAGAAAAAAAAUGCCCUGAUCACAGUAUGAGGAUAAGAAUUAUUGAAUUUUUACAAGCAGACAUGACAAAAUACCUGGAAGGAUCACUGUAUCCGAACAGUCAGCAAUAUAACAUUGUUGUCAAUGCUCUGCUCCAGGCAUACCCAUUCCUUGAUGAAGAUGGGAAUGGCUUUUUGCUGUGGAAACGGGCCCUUAAAGAUCGUUUCAAAUACGUGCGGAGACCCAUUGAAGAUGAUGAGCAAGUCCUGAGGAACAAAUGCAAGUUUGGCCACAGGAGAGGACAGAGCAGAAAAUCUUCUUUUGUUGAAAAUACUCUUGAUGAUGUCCAGGGGCAGGUAGAGGAAGAACCUGUUCAUCUUAAAGACAGUACAAUGGAUUUACAUAUUAAGUGGCUCAAUCGAGAAUAUAUGAAGACUCAGAGGAACUGGGAAGAAGUGGAUAACAGAAUGAAUGCAACAAUAGAAAUACGGAGAAAGAUGAUCAGUGAUAAGGCACCUUUAAAAGAUAUUCUUAGACUAUUUCCUUUCUUAAGAUGCCCUUAUCAGCUUUUUAGGGAGUUCCAGCUUCUCACACACAUGGACAUUUAUAAGAAAACGGUUGAGAUUUUGGAGAUUUAUUCAGAAAACAUAUUGUCCUUGUAUGUGCUGAAGAAUAAUCCAAUUAACAUUAUGCUGCAAGAAAAUCUGAAGCAUCACACAGAGGAAGACAUUCUGAAAUAUAUGAAAAUGACUGCUGCAUGUUUACUCCUGCCAGAGGUCUUUGGAGAUGACUCCAGUCUGUUUGCUGCAGUGAAUGAGGAGGUAAAGGCAGUGACACCUGUGUUGGAAGUGAAAAAUCCCUUCAACAUGAAUUCCUGUCAGUUUGCCCUGUACAUAGAAAGGGAAGAGUUAGCCCAGCUCAAUGACUGCAACAUGGCUCUGGCGGCACUGGUGGCUGCAUUCCAUGUGUUUGAUAUCCCAUGCCCAAAGAGAAUCCACAGGACACUGAACUUCCUGGAGUCCCUGGUCUUUGAGGUGAGGAACCCAGCAUCCCUGCCCACCCUGUUAAAGACAGGGCUGGAGGAACCCAAGAGUCCAGUAUCUAAUGGUGCACCCAGCACUCCUCUCAGAAGUAUUUGAUAUUUUAUCAAAAUAUAUCCCUUUGUGCCAUUCUUUCUAGUGAAAGUGUAUGUAUAUUUAAAAGUUAUGUUUAGUAAUGCCCUCCAUUUUUUCUUGUACUGGCUACUUCUAAAAAAAAUUAAAACUCAAGCAGUUUCAUUAUUUUAAAUGUAGAUUUUAGAGCAGUCUAGAGAUAAUAAAAUUUUCUAGAUU